AUGAGUAUCGGAAUCGACUUGGGUACAUGUUUUAGUUGUGUUGCUUAUUAUAAUAAUGGACGGGUUGAAGUUUUAGAAAAUGAAAAUGGUAAGUUUUUGGCAAGACAUUAUUUUGGAAUGUUCAGCUCAUGAAUUGAUGUAGUAUUAGAAGACUCACAACUGACACAUUUCUACGAAAACAAAAUCUCGAUAGGAGAUUCAGCUAUAGAGUAGCAACUAGUGAUUAACAGUGCCGAAAUUCCCACAGCAUAUUUUUUCUCGAGGAUUUUUUUCUAAAUUCAGUCAGUUUUUGUGUUCAGGUUGUCGAACAACACCUUCAGUUUUGGCUAUGGAUGAAGAUGGUGAAAUGUUAAUUGGACAACAUGCUAAGGAUGUUGUAUCAACACCAACAAAUUGUUUAUUCGGUUAGUAUCAGUCAACAAAAAUUUUUACAUGUUUCUGAAAAAAAUCAGCAAGAAUCGUUAUCAACAAAAAGUAGAUAACAUAUGAAAUGAUUUAUCACAUAUAACAUUUUUCUAAAAAUAAUUCAUCAAAAUCUUUGAUUUUUUGCAGAUGUAAAGCGUAUAAUUGGUCGUCGUUUCAAUGAUGUUUUACUUCAAACUGAUAUGCCAUUAUGGCCAUUUCGAAUCGAAAAUGAUGGAGAUCAACCAUAUUUAGUUAUCGAAAAUGGUUCACAAAAACACAAAUUCUCUCCGAUUACUGUAUCCGCGCAAAUUCUCGAAUGUUUGAAGAAAAAUGCAGAAAGAAAAAUUGGGAAACCGGUUGAUAGUGCAGUUAUUACAGUACCUGCAUAUUUCAAUGCAACUCAAAGAAGAGCAACACAAAAAGCGGGAGAAUUGGCUGGUUUGAAAGUUUUGAGAAUUUUGAAUGAACCAACUGCGGCUGCAAUUGCUUAUGCUUUACAUGGACAGAGAUUAUCGAAAAGAAAUAUUUUGAUUUAUGAUUUGGGAGGUGGAACAUUUGAUGUUGCAGUUGUUACUAUUGAUGGAUCAAGAAUUACUGUAGGAAUUUUCUUUGGAGACAUUUUAACUCAACUCUUUGAAUAUUUUUUAGGUUCGAGCAAAAGGAGGUGAUACACAUUUAGGAGGUCAAGAUAUUGAUAAUAUUUUGAUGAUAAAAAUGAUGGAACAAUUCAAAUUAGCAAAUGGAAUAGAUUUGAAAAAGAAUUAUCGAGCGAUGAAAAGAUUGAGAAAAGCAGCGGAAUUCGCAAAAAUAACACUUUCAGCAAGUAAUGUUGCUCGAGUUCAAAUCGAUUGUUUGCAUGAAAAUAUUGACUUUGUUAUGAAAAUAACAAGAGAACAAUUUAAUGUGUGGAUCGAAAAUGUAUCAAUUACAACAUUGAUUCAUGUUGAAAGAGUAAUUCGAGAAGCAAAUAUCAAAAAAUCAGCGAUUAGUGAAAUUGUUCUUGUUGGAGGUUCAACAAGAAUUCCAAUUUUGAAAGAAUUAAUCAAAGCGAGUUUUGAUCCAUCAACUCGAAUUUGUGAAUCAAUUCAUCCGGAUGAAGCAGUUGCUUAUGGAGCAUCUGUUAUGGCUGCAAUACUUUCAGGAGUUGAAGAUGUUCAAGAUAUGCGAUUGAAUGAUAUGAUUCCAAUGUCAAUUGGAAUACAAUGUAAUCGAGAUUAUAUGAGUAUUCUUAUCCAAAAAGGAAACUAUUUUCCAUGUACAAAAAAGAAAAUAUUUAUAAAUAGUGAAGAUUUUCAAACACGAAUUGAUAUCUCAGUUUAUGAAGGAGAACGUGCUUUAUGUUCAAAUAAUAGACAUCUUGGAGAUAUUUCAUUGGAAAUUAAACCAACUCGACGAGGAGAAACAAUUGUUGAAAUUAGUUUGGAAGUUGAUCAUAAUGGAAUACUUCAAGCAACUGCAAUUGAUACAAAUACCCAAAAAGCAAUUACAACAACAAUUGUUUAUGAUCAUUGUGCAUUUACAAAGGAUGAAAUAUUAGAAAUGACUAAAAAAUCAGAAGAAGAUCAAAUAUUUGAUGAAACAUUUCGAAAAAGAUAUAAACAAUUGCAAAAAAGUGAAGAUAUGAUGUAUGAUUAUAAACAUCGAUUGGAAAGAAUCAAGGUAUGUUACAGAAUGUUUUCAUUCCGGUUUAUUCUUGGAACUCUUACAAAACAGUACUCUGGACCAAGUGAAUAACAGAUUCCAAACUUGAAAUUCUACUGUUUAGGGUAGCGUCGAUCCAACCAAAUUCAACAUGUUGAUGUCCUGCCUCGAAAAUGAGAUCCGCUGGUUAUCUGAUUUUCCAAAAGUAGAAGUUAUUGAAUACGAACAACGUCGAAAAACUAUCAGAAGAAAGAUUUUGCCAACAUUAUUAGUCAAUUUUGCUUUUUAA